AUGCUUCCCCCCAAUAGUCUGCGGCUGCGGCUACCUCGCCCCGUUUCUCUCGUGCUGUUCAUUUUUUGUCUUUUUGCCUUCUGGCCCACUGUACUGGGCCAGUCACAGCAAACAAUUUCUGCUGCUGUAGCUGCAGAAGAUGAGGAGUUGGCGGGGUCAGCGACUUGGCAGGCUGCGGCCUUGGGCUCACGAGCGGAAGAGUUUCCGGAUAGUGCUGCAGAUGCAACAGGUACUGCCGCCGCUAAUUUGACGCCUGUGGGGGCAUUCUAUAGGCAGAAGCGGCAAGAGAACUUCCAGGCGCAGCUGCAGCCGCUGCCGCGGGGCCCCUCGAGCGCCCACAGAGUCCCCGCAGCACGGAAGAAGCCCAACAAGUUGUUAAUCGGCAGCAUUUCUCUUGCUGCUGCUGCUGCUUUCGUGCUGCUGUGGUAUGCAAUUUCUCACCUGCAGGAGGGCCAGGACGUGGCCCAGGGACGCCCGCGACGGGGCCGCCGCCGAGGAACAGCAGCCAGGGCUGGCAGGGCCGCAGUGCCUGCAGGGAAAGCAGCAGCAGAGAGUUCUGUGGGGGUCUUUGAUGCAUUUGCUUCGAGCCGGAGGCCCACUCUAACAAGGAGGCAGCAAAAGCGGCGGCCAACAAUAACAAUAGGCAAGCAGCAGGAAGAAACGCAGAGAACUGGGUCCAAUUCAGCCCAGCUCUUAAUGGCGCACGCAGCAGCAGCAGAAGCAGCAGCGACGCAGGCGCGGGAGGUGGCGCUGCAUGCGUGGUCCAUAGCAACAGAAAAGGCGCUAGCAGCAAGAAUCGCAGCGGAGGAAGCAGCAGCAGCAGAAACAGCAGCCACGGAGGCCGCGAUGGCAGCGGAGUCGAAAACCGCCGAGUUCGCAGCAGCAAAAGCAGCAGCACUGAAGGUAGCAGCCGAAGAAGCUGAUGCUGUCAAGUCUAGAGCCGGGCAAGCUGCAGCAGCAGUGGCGGCUGUGGCGGAUGCUGCUGAAGUGCACUCGGCGUCGCGGAGGAAGGCAGCAGGCCUAGAGGGCGAUGGCAAGCGAGCAAAGGCAGACGGAGCAGCAGCAAAACUGCAGCAAAAGCGUUUCCAUCCCCCUGUAGAACUUCAGAAGAGGCUCGAGGAGAUGCGAAGCAAUUUGGAGUGCGUCCCACGCAUCACUUCGCUGAUGGUGGAGUCGACGGCGUGGGAUGUAACAUCUCGGCUGCAACAGCAGUUGGCUGCAGCAGAGGCGCUGUUGGAGGCUGGCGAAGCAGCCGCGAGCGAAGAAGCAGCAGCGGAGACCUGGAAACGUUUGGAAGCCACCGUGGAUGACCUCGCGGAGGACUUAGUCUGUGUGAUGGAUAUUGCAGCAGAAGUGGCUGAAGACAGCGUGCGGGUGCUGCCCCCCAAGUUCCACCUGGGCGCCUGGGCCUCCUCCAUAAAGUUCUUGGGCCGGCAGCACGAAUACCUGAAGGCGGUCUCACUGACACUGGAGUCGCUGCAGCGUCAGCACGAGAUUCUGCUGCAGCGGGCGAAUGCGGGGCUGCAGCACUUGAAGCAGGCAGUGGCGCAGAAGCCCCGAGAUCGCGAGGGCGUUGAGAGGGUAGCUGAAGACGCACAGUUUGUGAUGAGGACAACCACGCUGCUCAUGAAGGGAGUGGAGCGCCGCGAAGCGCUGCUGGGAGACGCAGUGGACACUGCGACGGCGUUCUACGUGACCAGCCGCAGCGAGAGCCACCGCUGGAUGGAUAUGGAGCUGCAGAUGGCUGUGGAGAUUCUGCGGGCGGUGUCCCAGGCCUGGCCCAAUCGGUCGACUGAAAAGGAGAAGGACACGCUGGCCUCCAUAGCGGAAGACAUAGAGGCGGCCCAGAACGGGCUGGCCGCUCACACCGAACUCUACGAAGCAGUCCGAGACAGCGACUCUCCUGGCAAGCUCCGCAAGAGCAAUGCGGAUGCGCAGCACCUGGAGAGGGAGCUCGACAAGACGAUCAGUAGGAUAUGGAGGCAUAUAGAGCAUCUGCCCCCACUGAAGUUCAUGUUUCCCUUCGGCAACCACUCGCUACAGAAAAUGACCCUAAGCGUGGCGCUGGACUCUGCAGAAGCUUUUUCCGUAGACCAGCAGGCAGCAACUGAACGCAUCAGCUCUCUGCAGAGCAUGCUAAAUGAGAAUUUCCCCAGCUUCAGCUCACCUGAGGGCAAGUGGGAGCACCAGGUCCCCCGUGCCGUGAUCGAGACUGUGUACAAAGACGCUCUGUCGCUGAAUGCCUUAAUCAAGCGCCUGUGUGGCAGCAUGAGGCGUUAUGUGCAGCGCACCGAGCAGCACAGCCUGCUGGGUCACGGGAAGCCAACGGAGGAGCUAGUGAGGGCCAAGGCUGCAGCAGAGGAAACAGUGGAGUUGGCUGUCGAGAUGGAGGGGACGGUGUACGAGGCAUCUCAGCUGGAGUAUGAGCUCACACUGCUCACCCUGCUGGAGUCCGAUCUGCAGGAGGCCGUUUCGGUGGUGGCGCAGACCCCUCCUGAAGCGCUGCUGCAGGGGACGCCGCAGGCGGAGCGGAUUCAGCUCGCUACCUUAGGGUGCACUCGGGCCCUAAAGGCUGUGCAGAAGGCCCGAGAUAUUGCUGAGGUGGCAGAAUUUGCGGCCAAGGCCAGGUACAACGCCAACGAGCUUUCCAUUGCUGCCUACGAGCUCCGGCGCGGCAUAGACGCACAAGAAGCUUCUGCAGCGAAGGACAUGGACGCAGAACAGCCAGCAGCAGAUACACAAACAGUGUACAAAGAUCAACAAAAGAAGGAAACUGCGGAGACGCAAGAGGAUGCGGAGGCAGCGGAGCCCGAAUUGCAAAUGCAGCCUGAAGCUGGGCUCCAGGCUGAGCAGACACUGCAGCUGGAGGAAACAACGGAGGCUGAAGCGGCGCCAGAAGCUGGGGAAGCAGUGGAAGACGACGCUGAAAGCCAACUAGACACGGCAGCUUGA